CAAAAAAAAAAAAGGCACACAGCGCCCUCGCUCCCUGCCUUCUCCGUGGCGGCCCGCCCGCGCACAGCCUCCCUGCUAAAACCCUAACCGAUCGGGGAAGCGACCUUCUAGAACCUUCUCUGAUGGCGUUCCUCCGGGCUCUCCAGCGAGCCCUCCCGCCGUUGUCUUCGCCGGCGGCGGCUCUCCUCCGGCGCGCCCCGCAUGCGCUUCCUCCUCCUCCGGCUCCUCUUCGGUUCCUGGAUCCGAUCGGGUUGCGCCCCUUCUCCGCCGUCGCCACUGCCUCGCAGGCGCCGCCCAUGGGGGCCAGCCUCUUUGGCGGGCUCAUGGACACCCGGUUCCCUAAGCGCCGGCCGGGCUUCGCCAACCGGCGGAAGAGGGCCAGCUUGCGCCCCAAAGGUCCAUAUUACUGGGUGAAGUGCAAUCCUGGGGAACCCAUACCAACUAGCCAGCCGAACAAAGGGAGUGUGAAAGGGAGGAAGGAGAAGAAGCGGAUCAAGCAGCGCAAGGCCUUUAUCAUGGCUGAAAAGAAUAAGCGCAGAGCGCAGUAUUCAGCUGCGGUUAAGAGAAAGGAGGCAGAACGAACAGAAAGGAAGAUGGCUGCUGUGGCAAGAGAGCGGGCAUGGGCAGAAAGGUUGAUAGAGCUAAAACAGCUCGAGGAAGAAAAGAAAGCUGCAAUAGCUUAAGGAGCUGCUCCGGAAAAAUGCAAGAUAAGCAAGGCAGGCAAUCAGGGGGAGGCGCUUGGGAUUUGUUCAGACGGCAAAUGUGGCGCCACUGCACGCUGGGAAUUUCUUUGGUGACUAAAAUAAUGGUGGAUUCGUCUGCGUCGACCCCUGCUUUUUCUUGCUGCUUUUUUCUUGAGUUCUGAUGUGAAGGAAUGUUGUAACCCUGGGAUAGACAGAAAGUGCACCAGGCGUCCGAAUCCAGGAACGUCGAGGAGCUCGAGAGCUAGUCUAGAGCAUUCUACACAUGUAAUGUUGUUCCAUUUGCUUUUGGGCAAACAAGGGAUUACACUGCUGAUCAUUCACAUGUGGUGAUGGAAUCAUCCAAGAGUACUCCUCAACGAAUUAGUGUGUGGCAUUCUGGAGGUUUUUUGCUGUUUGGAGUUUGGACCAGAGACGUGUAACCCGAGUGCACAGACGAAGAAAGUACAUGCAGCACAAAGGUCCUGACGCAAUGAUUCACCUGUGAUUGCAUUGCAGAGGUGACGCGAUGAGUAGUGGUGACUGGUGACUGUGUGGCUACGGACUUGGGGAGAGGCAGAAAAGGGCAAAGCUUAUCGUCUGGGAAAAGUGGGAAAAGGGAAAGCUUUGCAUCGCCAGCUCCUGGUGUUGCCUCUCGCGACCACACAAGCGUGAACUCGUGAAGAUCCAUGGAGCUUUGGGCUGCGAAGUGCGAACUACCGGUAGUUACCAUGAUUUUUAUUUGAUUCGUGGCGGAGUCACACGUUUCUUUUGAGCUGUUGAUUUUGUAUCAUCCUGCUAAAGGUUCGGGUGUAAACCGGCUUCAACAGUUUGGAUUUUUCUUGCAUACACUUCA